UCUAUAGUGAAGUCAGGCGUCUGGAUAAUGUUUUAUAGAAUUUGCCUCAGAGAAUAGGUCAAUCAAGGCGGAAAUAGAUUUGCGGUGGUGUAUUUACAUUGUGCUAUGUACCGUACUCAAACUAUAUGCUCCUUUUGAUAUUAGACUUUCAACGGAGGCAGAUAUGUUGUAUAGAUUUUCAUUCAACUGUUACUUUGGUUUACUCGUGUAGCAUAAUGGCCGUUCUGUAGCAGUACCAAACAAGACAUUUCUAUCAUGUGUUCCUUUAACUGCCUUGUCCUCGAUUUUUUAUAUACCGACGACGUUUAGCCACUGUCCGGAUGACUGCGAACAUAGUUGAGCAUUCUGUAAGCAUAGAUUUCAAACAGUUCAUUGAGGAAAACGCUGACAGACUUCCCCUUCAUUUUGAAAUAGAUGAGGGAAUUUAUGGAAGCGUGCUGGGGGGAGCGAGGGAUUUCUCAGUGGGGGAAAAAUAUCGUUUGGAAUCAAUCGACCACCUCGUAAACGUUACAUUUUCGGAAGCAUACAGUAUAUCUAGUGAGCGUGGACUUAUUACUAUUCCUUUGGAAUUUAAUGGUUUCUUCCGAUUAAUACCGGAUAGGAAAGGUGGUAAUAGAUCAUUUAAAACAAUGAAAGAAAUAGCAUCUGAUCUACCUUGCAUUGCAUAUCCCACACACGAUAUUAAAAUUAAAGAUACUUCAAUUCCAAAAGGAACUGAAAUGGAAUUUACUAAGAGAGUUCAGUUCAAACCACAGGAAAACGUUUAUCUUCUUUGCAAGUGUCACUAUGGUUCCCCACAGAAGGCUAAGACGAACCAUCUUCUUGGAAUUGAUACUAAAGCCAAUUUUGAACAAGCUGAAAAGUUGUAUACUUUGAAAGAAUUACUACACAAAAUGCCAGUUAAGGCGUUUUACGUCUCUAAAACCCUCGGAUAUGAGAGCGAGAAAAUACCAGGCCUACCAGAAAACUUUAGCGACCCAUUGUUUCUUUCGAAAGUUGACGUGGGGAUUUGUCGACCAGUUGUUGACACAUCGGUGACUAUUCGAAUACCCGCAGAAACAGAAUUAACUGUUAAAAAAAUCAAUUUAUUGGAUGAUCACUUUAAUCCCACUAGAAAUAUUCAGGAUAUAAUAAAACAUGAAAUAAUCUUUCCGAUAUGUGUUGAAGUAGUAGAUUUUGAUGAUGCAUUAAGAAUCAGCACCAUUCUACGCGACUUGCAGCCAGACCAAUUACUGAUAGUUGAGGCAGUUGACGAAGUCGAAAAAGUACUUACAAAAGGAAAAGGAAGAUAUUUUACCGUUCCGACAGAGAACUAUAAAGGAAAAUUUAAGAUGGUACCUAACGUAUUUCAAACUGCGGAUGAGAUAUGGCAAGAACACUACACGAAGAAAGUACGUGUGAUGGAAGAUUACAUUGUAUCUAGCCCGCAUAUAGACUCGAUAUUUGCCGGAGAUGUGCUAACUGCUAAAGAGAUGAAAGUAAUAUCCUAUGAACAGCAGGAAUGCGAAGUAAUUAUUUGUUCUCGUGAAUCUGCAAUUCCGGAACUUCCUACACUCGUUCGUAUUCCUUCAUAUGCUCUGGGUGGCUUUGAAGAGGUAGACUACCAUAAAGAGAGUUUUACCCUCGAUUCUAUACCAAGAGAGCUACCUAUCAGUGCGCGACUUCACGGAAACCCAUAUCAAAGAAAGCAUAAUGAAGACGAUAAACUAUUGCUUGAAGAGGCUCCGUUAACUUUUGAAGUUAUUUUUACCGAAAUGAACAUUCUUGUGAGCGUUUUUGACGAAAUUAAAAAUUCUACAACACACCGGUUCUUUAUUCCUGAACAUAAACUUGUCAGAGUCAAAAAACGAAACAUGCCAACAGGCUAUAAACCUAGAUCUCACCACAAUCAAAAAGAAAGAUUAAUGAUUGAUCUGCUGUCGGAAAAAGACUUUAAUUCUAUGUGUGUAACUUAUCGUGAGUAUCAAAAGCCUCCUCAAAUACCGCCGCCGAUUCCACCCCGACAGAGCACACUGCCAAGAAGGCAGACAAAUAGAGCAUCAUAUAAGUCUUCUGACAGUGAAGACGAUGAUUACGAAAUGCCAUUUGUUGCCAGAGAAAAUAGUCAUAAAGAACCAGUAGAUAAAAAGUAAGUAGGCCUCGAAGAAUAAUAAUUAUCAAUGUCACUAUCAAUGAUGGGCGUUACUCGUGUUAGGCCUAUAUACACACAGCAGACCCAGACUUCAAUCACGGCUAUGUUAGAUUAGGCCAAUAUUUUUUAAAAAUGCACAUUUUAGAGAGUUCUGACAAAAGUCAUGAAAGCUCUGAAAGAAAAUGUUUCUUUUUGGAUUAAGGAAAUAUAGAAGGUUUUGACAAAACAGCGACGAUAUGGGAGUGUUGUUUAGUUUUUUUUUCUGAUUCAGUAGACAUGAACACUGUGUUCUCAUUGGCUAAUAACUAUUUGAUAUAUUUUCUUAUUACUCAGUUGGAAGUCAGUUUCUUCCAACUUCGAGUAACAAUCGAGUAAUAAAACAAUAAGUAUGUGAUACUGGUACUGGUACAAAUAGCCGUCUUUUCACAGAUAUUUGGCAGACAUUGACUAAAGGUUGUCAUUAGAAGGAUACUGCUUUUAAGGGAACCAACAGCAACAUUGUCAUUAUCAUAGAGGAGAACAGUAUAAUGCAGUAAAUUAAUAUAAUGCAGUAAAUUAAUAAAUGCAUUGUAUUAUAUAGUAGGCCUACUGCUCGUUCUGACAUAAUUGCCGGCUUAGCAAAGACCUUGGCAUGUAAAAUAAUGAAAUAUUUAUUGAAUCUACAGGUUUCUCUUUAUUAAUUUCGGUAAUAAAUAGAUUUAGCAUUGAUGAUCAUAUAUCUUCCUUUUUAUUCUUGUCUUUAUUUUCUCUGCUCUUUUUCUUUACUUUUUCCCUUCCUUUUCCCCCUUCUGUCUCUUUCCCUCCCUCUCCCUCUCUCUUUCCUCUUCUUACCCAACCCGGUAAAAUCAGUCAGUGAGAGGGAGGGGGCUGUCUACCCCCCUGCCCCUGCCCUCCGCCUGUUACGCCACUGAUUAAAAGGAUGGGCCCCACGAUCGAGCAUUGACGAACUCCACAGGUAAGAUAUUGAGGGCUAGAUACUUGAGAUGAAAUGCGAACAGAUUGUCGUCUGGAUGAAAGGUAUGAUCGGAACCAGGCUAAGCCAUUCCUGAGUCUAGAGGAGGAUACUAUGGACAAUUAUGUCAAAAGCAGCUGAAAGAUCUAGGUAAACUGCUAGGACACACAGGCCAUUGUCUAAAGCAUGCAUAAUAUCGUCAUGAACUUUCAAUAUUGCUGCUUCAUUGCUGUACAAUCUCCGAUACGCAGACUGGAAUGGGUCGAAUAAGUGUUGCACUAAGCUUGAAACAACAGCAUUCUCAAUAAAGUUAGAAAUAAAAGGUAUAUUGGUAAUAAUUGGCCGAAAGCUGGAGAGGAGAUUUGGAUCAGACGUAGGUUUCUUUAAUGUGGGAGUUACAAGACCAACAGGGGUGAAGCUGGAUAAGCAGACCAGGAUUUUCGAGGGAAAGUGGUCCCAGGCACAUGUUGUAUGAAUAAGUAAAUAGAUGAGCUUUUGGACAUCGUCGUCAGUUACCAAGGUAAAAUAAUCAAAUUUAGUAUAAUUACCAUGUUGUGUAAUGAUGAGAUUUGUUUGCGUUUCAAAACUGAUGGAUGCUUGCAUUUGCUUGAUUUUGUCAUGAAGCAGUUUGACUUUUUGGCAAAAGAACAUGUUAAAAUCAGUAGCUAAAUGCAGGUUGCUGUCAAAUGAUAGAAGUAUUUCUUCGGGGCGUUUCCCUAAAAGCUUCUUUGCGUGUUUGAAGAGUUGGUUUUAGUUAUUACCGCACCCAUCUACUUGUGUCUGUAUGUAGUCGGCUCUUGCCUUAUCAAGUACAUGGUGGUAUUCAGAGCAUUGAUUCUUGUAAUGUACAAGACAAUCCUUGGCUUUUGACUUGUACCAUCGGCGUUCAGCCAUCCGUCUUCUUCUUUUGUCCUCUCUACAUGUGUCUUUGAACCAUUCAGAUGCCGUUCGAACACAGCUUUUUUCUUUAAAGGAGCAA